AUGUCAAUGGUCACCGAGACCUUUACUAUCGAAGGAAUAUCACUCACUGCAGAAUUCCCACUUCCUCUACAGACAGCAAUCGCUCGUAUUCCCGUCACGACUUUCAUCACUACGGACAAGAAUCCCUCAGUUGUAUUUCCAUCCGACACCAUUCCUGAUUAUCGCCAGACCUGGUCGCCUGGCGGUAACAACGACGGUUCUCACACACCAGUCGGCGGAGGAGGAGGGGGUGCGCCUGCUCCCGACUCUGUUGCUCCCUCUUACGUCGUCACUGCUGGUCCCACCGCAGUUGUUAUCAAUACCCAGACUUUCACAGUGCCUCCAGGUAGUAGCACUACUGUCACACUUCGAGACGGCGGAGUGUUCACCAUCGGCCCUACCGCCAUCGUCGGUCAAGGGUCUACCAUCGCCCGGCCCCCUGCCGUAACAGCAACUGGCUUGGCUUCAUCCGUCUUGGAUGGCAUACCCGUCACGUCCGUAGGCCUCAGUCUCCAGAUCGGCGGAGGCACAUUCGCUAUACCCAUCUCCGACUCGAAUACCGUCACCGUCAACGGCAAAGCCGUGACUAUCAGCCCCACUGGCAUCACUAUCGGCGGCGACAGCAUGGCAUACACAAGACCAGCCGCAUCGGAUGUUGUCGUUGCUGGCGGGGAGAUGCUCACAGCAGUGGGACGGAGUGUCGUUGUCCUUCAUUCCGUCACAUACACGUACGGAAAUGGCAUCGCCCCCGUUGUUCAGGUCAUCAACGGAGAUACAGUCACUGUUGGGCCGUCAGGUGUCUUUGUCCACGGCACAACACUUGGUGGAGCAUCCGCCGAGCCUACUGAUACUGAAUACGAGAUUGUUGGCGGUGCUACCAUUGCCAAACUCCCUCCUUCCAUGGUCAUUGUUAAUGGAGAAACCUACGCGGUCGGUCCCGGGGCCAGUCAGAAAACUGUCGUCAUCGGCGACCAGACCUUGACCGUGGGACCCAUUGGUCUUGUCAUGGCCGCUACUACGAUCAAAUAUCCAUUCGACCCCUCUGUCACCACGACGAUUGCCGCUCGCUCAACUGGUCAAACCUUGCCCCAAGAAACGGGCAAGGAGCAAGAAGACGCCGCGUACUCUCUACGACCCGACGUACGCGUCGGGCUUACAUGUCUUUGCAUUGCUUUUGGCGUUUUAGCUCUUGGCUAG